GCACUGAGCACUGAGACCCGGGAUCUUCUCUCGCUGAGCUCAAAUGCGUGUAGCGGGUCGAGGCUUUCCGUUACGAGUGUCGAAUGACCACAGCAGCGGUCAGCUGAGUCUGACACCCGCAGAGCACCGAACCUGCAGCCCGGGUGACAGCACAAAGACAACGCGGGAGCUUUUGUCUUCGAGUGGGGGAUUUUCAAGCACACAAUCAUAGGCGUCUGGAGUACAAAAAAAAACAAAAAGAAAAAACAAAAACCGAGCCGGUUCAUAUCCAUGUACGACGCUCAUCAUCCCAACACCUCACCAGGGUGUGAAGCUUCACCGUGUGGCCGUGCAGCCAGCCCACGCUCCCCAACUUCUCAACAACAGCCACACCAGUGGUUGGCUAGGGGGACUUCAAAGAGAGACAGAGGGGUGCAUUUCAGUAGGCUCGUUCAAGUUCUCGCACCUUGAUUGGAGAAUGGCGUUGUUCUCUUUCUUGUUGAAAGAAAUUCGAAUGCAGCAGCCAUUGCAGUGGCCAAAUGAAGAUCUUGUGAACAUGCACGAGGGCAGGAAUCUACCUUUUACUUCAGUGACUUCCCCAGAUGCUUUGGCCCAAAGAAAGAUGGAAGGAAAUGGGAAGAGCCUGAGCCAAGACUGCUGCACAGAGCCCAUUCAGUAAACCUACAAGAGAUCCCCCACACACCACGUCACUGAGCCGUUCACCUUCCCUAUUGACCUCUUAACCAACAAGCACUAUGACCUCCGAGCUGGAAAGUAGCCUUACUUCAAUGGACUGGCUUCCCCAGCUCAGUAUGAGGGCAGCCAUCCAGAAGGCAGAUGCUGGACACCUUCACAGUCAUCACCAUGGGCACCACCACCACCAUCAUCACCAUGGGCAUGGUAAGAAAAUGGUACAUUUGGAUCCAGGGACAACGCUGGAUCAAGAGGAAGCUGCUCAGCACAGAGACGGUAAACCUCCCUACAGCUACGCCAGCCUCAUUACUUUUGCCAUCAAUGGCUCACCACGCAAACGGAUGACCCUCAGUGAGAUCUACCAGUGGAUCUGUGACAACUUCCCCUACUACAGAGAGGCAGGCAGUGGCUGGAAGAAUUCAAUACGACACAACCUGUCCUUGAACAAGUGUUUUCUCAAAGUGCCUCGCUCCAAAGAUGACCCUGGAAAAGGUUCCUACUGGGCCAUAGACACCAAUCCUAAAGAAGACACAGUACCCAGCAGGCCGAAGAAGAGACCUCGCUCUGGAGAACGGGCAUCAACCCCUUACAGUCUAGAAUCAGAGUCUUUGAGAAUGGACUGCAUCAUGUCAGGAGGAGCGUCCCCAACUUUGGCCAUUAAUGCUGUAACUAACAAGGUAGCACUGUACAGCCCUGAGGCAGAAGGCAGUGAGAGUCCUGGGAGUCUUGGUGGGAGCCUGAGCAGCAGUCUUUCGGAGCAGAAUUUGGCGUCCGUCAACCUUAACAGCCUCAACACUGCCGUCAGCAGUGGCAGCAGUGUACACAGCUACACACCAGUGAGUAGCCACUCGGAGCCUUCAUCCCAGUCCCUGAGCCUCCAGCAACCCCCUCAACCCCCGCCGCCCCCUCCUCCGCCUCCACAGCCCCAGUACGGCUUACCUGUCCCAGAGUCUCGGGACAAGCAGCUCUGUUUCUCUGACUUUGAGGACCUCAGCGCUUCUUUCCGCAGCCUUUACAAGUGUGUCUUUGAGCAGUCCUUCUCACAGCAAGCAGGUAUGAUAAGUAUCCCCAAUGACUCCAGUCAGCAGGCUCGGACUACCUGUUCAUACCAACACUCUCCUGGUGCAGGAAGCAGCAGCGGCCACCACCACCAACACAACCAUGGCCAAACGUCACACCACACCCACCACCCUCAUCUGUCUUCUCACCAGCACCACUUGCAUGGUCAGCAUGGCCAGCAUCCCCAGCACUCUGCUCUCUCCCACCAGAGUCACACAGUUCAGACCUGCCCUACGACAGGCAUGUCUUCUGACUGGUACCCCAACCUGGACUGGCUGAAAGAGAGCUGUCGCGUUGCCACAAGCUACAACUGGGCUGACGUAGACCUCUCCCCGUUUCAAGGUUUAAAGGAAAGCAUGCGGCAGGCUGAGCUCAACAACUGGUCUCUGGAUGCUGCCCAGAUGGCCGACCUGUGUUCCUCGAUUAACCAAUUCUUCACAGCCACGGGGGUUAUCCCCCCUCAAGGCGCUACCCACCCACAACCUCAGGUCCAACACACGACAGCUCCAUCAGCACCGCUGCACCCUGCUCAGCCUCAUGGAGCCAUGCACCCAAAGCCUAGCCACCACAGUCAACAUGGUCAACACAUCGGUACGGGGAACAUGUACAUGGACUCGAGACAGAGCAUCUCUUCUCUGAUGGGCCCACCAGGAUAUCCUCACAUGCCCCCUAUGAGCAACACAGCUCCCAACAUGACAGGUCAUCACAGCCAGCUGAGUCAGCAGCAUGCGCUGCCUGCAGGACACUUUCAAGUGAGACGCAUGCUCACAGCAGACGACAUCCAGGACGACUUUGACUGGGACUCCAUUGUGUAAACUGAGCCAUCGGGGAAAUAGAGAAAUAAAGCGAAUGACUUAAAACAAAAGGGAGCUGCACAGAUGAUUGGGAAACAUGAUACAAAUGUGAGGUAUGGAAGUGGCCAACCGGCUCUGUUCACCUGUGUAAAAAAAAAAGAAAAAAAGACGACAAUCUAACAAAAAAAAAAAAUGGAAAUUUUAGUUGUUUUUUUUUGUUUUUUUUUUUUUUUAAUUAUGCUGGCCUUUUUGUUUUCUAAUACAAGCAGCUGAUGUGUCUAAAGACAAUCCGUAUUUAAGUGGAGGUGACUAUGUCUGAUGCAGCCAAAAUAGAAACACAAGGAUUUUGUCCUGCGUGCCAACAGGGUUACAAGUUAACAAAGUGUUGUCAAGCUGUUAUUUUUUUCUCUUAAAUGCAUUUACUUCUGCAGCUUGUGUCCUUUGUCUGCAAAAUUCCACCCCCUCUGUCAAAUGAAGUGAAUACUGCAAAGUCUCUGCAUAUAAAUCACCUCUUUUAUACUCACCAAGCUUGUCCAAACAUUUAAACCUUUCUUCCUUGUACCAUUUUAUUCACUCAGAUGCUGGGACUCUUUUGAUGCUGUGGAUUUUAGCUAAACUUUGAAGAGGAAUAAUUCCAGCUUAUUUACUUGAGCACCACCUGCUGGUUAAAACAGCCACAAUCUUUGUUCAUUAUCUUAAAAAUUAUACAUGACACAAUCUGUGCUUUCCUGAUCUUUGCACUCACCCUGAACUUUUCAUUAUUUGUUGUUUAUUAUGUCUAAACUCUUUUGUGUGCAGCACUCCACUGUGCCAUGGUCUCAGGGUGGAAAACUGACAUACAAUCUAAACAUCUGUGCCAUUUACAUCUGUAUGUGAGGUUAACUAUGUGGUUAGCGUUCAGUUCCUCUUGGCUAACAGCAAGCAUCCUGUGAUUGUCAAUAAAAAGGUGAGAAUCUUUAUUAGUCAUAUAUGUAAGCUAAGUCAUACAAAAGACUGGAAUAAGCUCAAACCAGAUGAAAACAAGACGCAAGCCAGCCUUGAACUUUGUGAACUUUCUCAAGUUCUGUAAUUCUUUCGGGGAAAAAUGCAUAUCAUUUCUAACCAGGCAGAGAAGGUUGGUCAUGAUUCAAGAUGCCUCCUUUAGGGUGAAGAUGAGCAAUUUUUGCACAAGCUGGAUCGGAUCUAGUUCAUGUAAGACAUAAAAGAAAAAAACAUGAACUCUUUUUAUUUCUUUGUUCAAAGGACAUUAAAAAAAAGUCAAGGGAAUAAAAAAACCUUCUUUGUUUUGUUCACUGUGAUGUUAAUUUUGUCUGUGUGUAUAAUUGUGUAUAGUUGUCUCUGAUUUCCAUGAGCAUACAGCUUCAUACAGCUAAAAAAAAAUAAAAGAAGAAACAAAUAAAUUUCUUUGUAUCAACACUUUAAGCUCUCAUAUUUCCCAGAGCAAAAUAUGGGACCUUAAAAUGCUGUUUGAGUCGGAGGAUCUCAGUGAAUUUUCAGGUGUUCAAAUCAAGGUCUCAUUGUUAA